GAUGUGCGUAACCACGUCCUGCGGAAGUAAACAAUCCUGAGCUGACGUGGAGCAGGAGAACUAGACCAACCUGAUCCAGAUCCACGGGUCUGGAGAAACGUCCGUGGUCUGUGUGUCUGUGUGACUUCAUCUAAAGUGAAUCUGAGUCUCUGUCGGUGUCGUGUUUGAUUCCGCAGUGACCGACGCUCCGGUACGAGAAGCUUCCCCUGCGCUCUAAGAUGGCGGAGGAGGCCAGCAGGCCGUUCGCCGGACUCUCCGACGUCUCCAUCCCGGAGGACAUCCCGGUGGAGGGAGACAUCUCCGUGCCCGUCGGCCCCUCCAGGCGGGACGACGAGUACUCGACGCUGGACGAGCCGGUGAAGGAGACCAUCCUGCGGGACCUGCGGGCGGUGGGGAAGAAGUUCAUCCACGUCCUGUACCCGAAGCGGAGCUCGGCUCUGCUGCGGGACUGGGACCUGUGGGGCCCGCUGCUGCUCUGCGUCACCCUGGCUCUGCUGCUGCAGGGCGGCGCGGCCGACAGCGACGACCAGGGAGGACCGCAGUUCGCAGAGGUCUUCGUCAUCGUCUGGUUCGGCUCCAUCGUCAUCACCCUGAACUCUAAGCUGCUGGGCGGCACCAUCUCCUUCUUCCAGAGCCUCUGUGUGUUGGGAUACUGCAUCAUGCCUCUGACCGUGGCCAUGGUCGUGUGCCGGAUCGUCCUGAUCGGCGGCUCGGGGACGGUCAGCUUCGCCGUGCGGCUGGUGGUGGUGACGGCGUCCUUCGGCUGGUCCACCUUCGCGUCCACGGCCUUCCUCGCCGACAGCCAGCCUCCCAACCGCAAGGCACUGGUGGUGUACCCGGUGUUCCUCUUCUACUUUGUGAUCGGGUGGAUGAUCCUGACGUUCUCGCCCUCGCAGUAGAGAACGACGCUAAAGGACCAGAUUUGAGUUUAACUGUCAAAGAAACACCAGAAUCUGCCUUUGAACGACUACUGACGUGACUGUGAGUGAACCUGAGCUUCACGGACAAUAAUUAUUAGAUGAGCUCAGAUUCACACAUGUAGAGCGGAGGCUACGUUUAGAUUGUUCCAGCUUCUCUCUCCGAAAAAGCUGUGUAAAAUAAAGUCCAGAUACGUGUAUAUAGAAAUUCUCUAUGAAUGUUAAAAGCAAAGGGGCUGUGAUGGUUUGUCUCUCCCUCAUCCUCCUGGUUUCUGGGGUUUGAACGUUUCCAUUAAUGCAUUACAUUCAGAAAUAUUUUUAGAACUACAUUUGACUGUAUCUGAUGGUGAUUUCAUUAUUUCAGGGGCCAUUUUUUUUGUUUAAAUACACAAAUGAAGGGUAAUGUGAGGACAGAGAAAGAUGGGGAUUACAAUCAGUGAUAGUUCAGGAUUUAUGAAGGGUGGUUGUAUGAAUGUCUUGCAUACAGUUUAUACUGCACUUUGUGAUCUUAUUUUGUUGAGAAACAGCUGGAAAGGAAAGAGGAGGUUUUAGCCAUUUAACAAAAUGCUCAUCUCCAUAAAAUCAGCAUCAGAUUAAGUCUACGAUAUCUCAACAACAUGUUCAUGACUUCACAUCUUUAUCUCACUGUAAGACAGACAGGAAACUGAAGCUCAUAAACCUCUCACUCUCCCACACCAAACCCCAUAGAGAAAAUCAGUGAUUUUGGCAUACAGGGACACAGGAGCGGCUGGUCUACUGCUGCCUCAUGUGGUCACUUUGUGUCAUUGCGGUAAAUCGGAACACAGGAUUUUAAAUGCAGAAUAAUACAAAAUCAUACAUUUGAACUUAGUGAUGGAGGCAGCAGUGGAUCAACAACUCCUGUGUGCUAUGAUGUUAAAAUCACUGCUUUUCUCUAUGGGCUUUGGUGUGGGAGAGUGAGUGGUUUACAAAUGUUAGUUUCCAACUGUAAGAGGCUGACAAAUGGCAAUAAAAUGAGUAUGUUCUGAACAUGUAACAUGUUUUUUUGCAUCAGAGAAUCACAUCACGUCAUCUUCAGGAUUUCUGUGUCACACUGUCAGACUUGUUCACACGUGGAAAACAACCAUGCUGUUCUUUUAAACCUUUGACCCCCCCCGCUGGUUCAGCAGAUAACUGUCGCUGUCUGUGUUCAUUUCUUUUAAUUUAUGUGUAUGUAUUCAUUUACAUGGUCGAGUGGAAGAAAGAUUAAAAAGUCAUUGAUCUGCAGAGA